CAUAUGUCAUUAAUUGUCAUAUUUUUUGGGGUUAACGGAAAAAUGAGUAGUUAUUUUUUGAACAUUAAUGAUUGGAUAUAAAUACAGAAAACUGUGGAAAUGACAGGACCUCUAAACGUUCUUGUAGGUGGCGGAACGGGCUUCAUAGGAUCUGUUUUAUGCAAUACACUAAAAACAAAAGGAUAUGGCGUUACAGUUAUUUCUCGUAUGCCAGGACCUCAGAGAAUCUCUUGGAAUGAAUUACUAUCCAAAGGACUUCCCAAAGAUACAACUGCCGUGGUCAACUUGGCAGGUCAAAACGUAAUGGACAUUUCAAGGCGGUGGACGCAUGGCUUCAAACAAAAUGUUUACAAUUCGAGAAUCAACACUACAAAGAGUCUGGCAAAAUUGAUUGACGAAGCCAGUGUUAAGCCAUCGGUCUUUGUCACAAUGUCAGGUGUUGGUGCUUACAAACCUGAUACCUCGAAAGAAUACGAUGAGAAUUCGUGCAUAGUCGAAUUUGACUUCUUCUCGAAGUUGUGCAAAGACUGGGAGCGAGCAGCAGCGUUGAAACUGGAAUCACAAAGUUCAUGCAGAAUAGUUACUAUUCGGAGCGGAGUAGUUCUUGGUAGAACUGGGGGAAUGAUCAGGCAACUGUACCUGCCGUUUUAUUUGGGACUGGGUGGGCCUGUAGGUGAUGGCUCACAAUACAUGCCGUGGAUUCACAUCGACGAUCUUAUCAGUUUAAUUAUUUUUGCAAUUCAGAAACCCACUGUUGAAGGAGUAUUGAAUGGAGUAGCUCCUUAUCCAUGUACCAAUAAAGAUUUUGCAAAUGCCUUCGGGAAAGCUUUACAUCGCCCAGCCUUCAUUCCUCUUCCAAGCUUUGUACUUAAUUUAUUGUUGAACAAAGAAAGAGCUGUUAUGAUGACCGAAGGGCAGAAAGUGCUUCCUAAAAAAACUAUUGCCGCAGGUUUCAAGUAUCAGUAUCCAGACAUAGAAAGGGCAUGUAAAGAGAUAGUCAGUCAUUAGCGUCUUUGAAACGAGCAAUGUUUUCUUGGAGUUCAAUAUCGAUAGAAAAGUAUGCCGCGAUGUCUGGAAAUGAAUGUAGAGAUGCCUAAAGUUAUGCCUGCACAAACUUGGGUCUGAUGUACAA